AUGGGCUGUAUCCAGAGUAUCAGGUGUAAGCCCAAGUGUUUCCGUGAAAGUAUCAUCGUUCUCGAGGUGAACUCCUCCAUCGACUCCAAUCCAACCAGCAUCGACGAGUCAUCCAACGUGGUUCUGCGCUAUCGAACACCGCACUUCCGAGCCUCUGCUCGAGUAUUAGUGCCGCCGGUGGCCGGUAAAGAGACGUGGACUGUUGGCUGGAUUCAAGCAUGCAACCACAUGGAGUUCUACAACAAAUAUGGAACCAAAGGGAUGUCGAGCUGGGAACUCCCUGACCUGCGGGAUGGCAAGAUCCAGGCCAUCAGCGACUCGGAUGGCGUCAACUAUCCUUGGUAUGGCAACACCACGGAAACGUGCACCAUUGUGGGCCCUACCAAGAAGAACACCAAGUUUACGGUCAGCAUGAACGACAACUUCUACCCCAGCGUUACGUGGGGAGUUCCUGUGAGCGACAGCAACAUGCCGCAGCUCAGCAGCAUCCGCCGCGACCAGAGCUUCACCACCUGGCUGGUGGCCAUCAACCAGGCCGAGACCCUGGUGCUGCAGACCAUCCGCUGGAGGAUGCAGCUCCACAUGGAGGUGGACCCGGACAAGCCUCUGGGCCAGAGGGCCACGCUGCGUGAGCCCGUGGCCCAGGAGCAGCCCCACAUCCUGGGCAAGAACGAACCCAUCCCCCCCAACGCCAUGGUCAAGCCCAAUGCCAACGACGCUCAGGUGCUCAUGUGGCGGCCAAAGACCGGGGAAGCCGUCGUGGUCAUCCCGCCCAAAUACUGA